AUGCGUCUAUCUUUUGUGCUUUCUCUUGUCGUGGCCAUUGGCUACGUCGUGACCUGCAACGCAACUGAGUACUCCGACGAAACCAAUAUCGCCAUGGUGGAAUCUCCAGAUCUCGUCCGUCGCUCGCUCAGGAACGGCGACAUUGCCGGUGGAAGAUUUCUUCGAGCUCAUGAAGAGGACGAUGCGGGGGAGCGGACCUUCAGCGUGACUGACCUGUGGAACAAGGUGGCGGCCAAAAAGUUGGCCAAGGCGAUGCUGGCGGACCCUUCAAAGGAGCAGAAAGCGUACGAGAAGUGGGCAAAGAAGGGGUACAGCCUGGAUAAGAUCAAGAACUGGUUGGCAAUCGCGGACCCCAAGCAGAAGGGGAAGUACGACCGUAUCUACAACGGAUACACCUUUCACCUGUAUCAGAGCUGA